GGUACAAGGGAAAAUUUUCAAUUCUAAGUCCUUAAUUAUUCGGGCAUACCCGACCCAACCGGAUCCAUUGUGAUAUCACCAUAACUCCAUUGAAGUCUUUGUUGCAGAGAAACCAAAAACCAGAAACGAUGGAACACAAAGAAUUGAACCUUCUGACUGAAUCCUUAGGUCUUCACAGCAACAACAACCUCUACGGUCGCUUCGUCCUUGUAGAAGACACCGUCGACACAAGCGCCGCUUUCGUUCUUCACCAUAUCCUCAAACGCACCUUCUCUUCUCACCCUUCUUCGUCUGUUAUCUUCCUCGCCCUCUCGAACCCUUUCUCCCACUACGAUCGCAUUCUCAGAAAAAUUGGUUGCAAUUUGGCUGCUCAAAGAGAUAAUAAUAGAUUAUUUUUCAUUGACUUGCUUAUGUUGCAGUUUCCAGAUGAAGGAAAAUCCAAUCACAAUGGUUUUGCUGCUGUAUUUGAGAAAAUUGAAAGAGUGAUCAAGGCAUUACCUCAAGACAACAUGAAAUUUGUCACUAUCAUGAUAGAUGAUAUCUCUUUUCUUGAAGUUGCUGCUAAUGGCUCUUCAAAUGACGUUUUAGACUUCCUGCAUUAUUGCUAUACACUAACAUCAGAAUAUGGUUGUGCAUUCGUUGCACUUAACCAUAGAGAUAUUUAUUUGAAUGAAGAGAAGCCUGACAUUAUCUUAGAGAUGGAGCACCUUGCCGACAUUUUGGUCAAGGCUGAACCAUUGGCCACUGGUUUGGCAAAAGAUGUGCAUGGACAGUUGAUGGUGUUACAUAAGCAGCAUGGAAUUUCACCUGUUAAGAUUCAUAAUUUUCACUUCAAGGUCAAGGAAAAUAGCAUCGAGUGUUUUUAUCCUGGCACAAAAAUUUAGUGUUGCCAAACUUCCUUUACAAACAGUUGUGUAAUCUAGAAAUUAGAGAAAUGAUAGCACAUCUUUGUUGAUGGUUCCUGCAUUUGAAAGAAUGUUCUUAAUUUUCAA